UUGAAAACGAAAGUAGAAAUGGCAGCCUCUGUGAAAACAAUACUCAGGGGCCUUCGCCGUUGUACCGUAUUAGAAGGCGUCUCCAGACAGACAGACCUUAAUUUUGCAAGAUCUGCUCACUUUACAUAUGUGCCUGACACACCAUCAGCAGUUUAUGGGGACACAACUCGUAUGAACCUAGUGCAGGCAAUCAAUAACACAUUAGACUUGACACUAGCAACAGAUCCUACAGCAGUUUUAUUUGGGGAGGAUGUGGCCUUCGGAGGGGUAUUUAGGUGCAGUAAUGAACUGAAAGAUAAACAUGGUGGAGAUCGAGUUUUUAACAGUCCACUAAGUGAGCAGGGGAUAGUGGCCUUUGGGAUAGGUCUGGCUGUGGCAGGUUCUACGGCCAUUGCAGAAAUACAGUUUGCAGAUUACAUCUUCCCAGCAUUUGAUCAAAUUACCAAUGAGGCAGCAAAGUUCCGCUAUAGGACGGGUGACUUGUUUGACUGUGGGAAACUGACGAUCCGAUCCCCCUGCAGUGCUGUAGGCCAUGGCGCCCUCUAUCACUCACAGAGUCCCGAGGCUUUCUUUGCUCAUGUACCAGGGCUUAAGGUUGUGAUGCCUCGAGGCCCCUACCAGGCCAAAGGCCUCCUUCUAAGCUGUAUCAGAGACCCUAACCCCUGUAUCUUCUUUGAACCAAAGAUCCUGUAUCGAGGUGCGAUUGAGGAGGUGCCUACAAAGGACUACACAUUGCCCCUGUCUCAAGCUGAAGUUGUAUUAGAAGGCGACAAUGUAACGUUAGUUGGAUGGGGAACUCAGGUCCAUGUCUUGUUGGAAGUUGCUAAAAUUGCUCAGGAGAAACUCGGUGUAUCGUGUGAGGUUAUUGACCUUCGGACUAUAUUGCCCUGGGACUCGGACACCAUCUGUAAGUCUGUGGUCAAAACAGGCAGAUUACUAGUUGCUCAUGAGGCUCCCGUUACUAUGGGCUUCGCUGCUGAAAUCGCAGCAACAGUACAGUCUGAGUGUUUCCUGAACUUAGAGGCACCUAUUGAACGAGUAUGUGGCUAUGACACUCCAUUUCCCCAUGUGUAUGAGGCUUUCUACAUCCCAGAUAAAUGGAAAUGUUUAGAAGGAAUCAAGAAGCUAAUUAACUACUGAACUAUUGGUCUGGGAAUUCUCAGUCACAUCACAAUCAAAAAAGUACAAUGCAGCCAUAUUGUAUAAAAUACUUGCUGCUGCAAAAGGGAGACCGAAAACUGUGUGGAGUACGUAAAAGCGCCAUUUUGUGCAAAAACAGUUUUGUACUUACAGCCUAACUGAACUUUAAGAAGGGUUUUGACAUAAAUUUUUUUUUCUGGUUAUUAAAUUUGCAUAAAAUCAAAAAAAAAAAAAAAUACACUUACAUAAAUAUGGUGUUAUACGUAAUAAAUGUCAAUUGAGGAUUUACCUCAAUUUCCCAUAUUGUGUGAAUUUCAACAGGUCUGUAUAUUGAAUUUCCAUUCGCGCAAUAUGGAUUACUGCUGCUAAGCUACACGUAAUACUUAACCUUUUUGUAUUUGUUAUACGCAUUUAGACAGAACAAUUUUCUAAAACCUUCAAUCAACAGCUAGACUCAUGUAAUGAUGAACUAGAAAUUCAUAAAAAUGUAUUUAUUUAGCUUUAUGAAUUGUUUAGUACUUGACUACUGCGUAUUUGAUUUUAACAGCUGAAGUGAUCUGAUUGUAAUAUUUGAAGACUUAGCACUCUAUGGUACAAAUUGACCUAUUUAAAUUUACUAUGAAGGACAUUUGCAAAGUAGCUUUGCUGGUACUUCAUGAUUAUAUCAUAUAGAUGUGUGAGAAUAUUUUAUACUUGUACAGAGUUAUAUUAAUGAUGAGAAAAGGAAAAAGAAUCAGCAAAUCUUGCAAUUUCAAUAACUUUGUUUACAGACUUGAAUCUCAUAUGACGCAUAUCAUUAAUGCUAAUAAAUUAUUUGGUGUUUUUGUU